CUCCCGGCCCGGCCCCUCCUCCCCCGCCCCCCUCCGGGCUGGACCGCGGAUGGUACGUUCCGCACGUGAGCUGGGUGCUGGUCUGGCCGGCGACGCGCGUGCCCUGUGGCCAAACACUGCCCGGAGUGAGAGCAAACUACCAGCGCAGUGGAGCCAGCGCGAGUGUGCGUGCGUGUGUGUGCGUGUGUGUGCGAGAGAGCGAGCGCGGAGGGAGGGGGGGGACCAACUGCUUCACACUUUCAACACUGCACUGAAGAGGGAGAGAGAGAGAAAGACUGGAGACGUACAGAUUCCCCCCAGGAUCUCCCAGGGCUACCGUCCCACCGAUUAUAGAACAGAACCCCAAAAAUCGAAACAGAGGAAACGGACAGCGAUUGAACAUGGACGAAGGAAUUCCUCAUUUGCAAGAAAGACAGUUACUGGAACAUAGAGAUUUUAUAGGACUGGAUUAUUCCUCUUUGUAUAUGUGUAAGCCCAAAAGGAGCAUGAAGCGAGACGAUAGCAAGGAUACCUACAAAUUACCGCACAGAUUAAUAGAAAAGAAAAGAAGAGACCGAAUUAAUGAAUGCAUUGCUCAGCUGAAAGACUUACUGCCUGAACAUCUAAAGUUGACAACUCUGGGGCAUCUGGAGAAAGCGGUAGUCUUGGAAUUGACUUUGAAACACUUAAAAGCUUUAACAGCCUUAACAGAGCAGCAGCAUCAGAAGAUAAUUGCUUUACAGAAUGGGGAGCGAUCUUUGAAAUCGCCCAUUCAGUCCGACUUGGAUGCGUUCCACUCGGGAUUUCAAACAUGCGCCAAAGAAGUCUUGCAAUACCUCGCCCGGUUUGAGAGCUGGACGCCCAGGGAGCCUCGGUGUGUCCAGCUGAUCAACCACUUGCACGCCGUGGCCACCCAGUUCUUGCCCACCCCGCAGCUGUUGACUCAACAGGUUCCUCUGAGCAAAGGCACCGGCGCGCCCACCACCGCCCCCGCCGGGUCCGUGGCCGCCGCCUGCCUGGAGCGCGCGGGGCAGAAGCUGGAGCCCCUCGCCCACUGCGUGCCGGUCAUCCAGCGGACUCAGCCCAGCGCCGAGCUCGCCGCUGAGAACGACACGGACACGGACAGCGGCUACGGCGGCGAGGCCGAGGCCCGGCCAGACCGCGAGAAAAGCAAAGGCGCGGGGGCGAGCCGCGUCACCAUCAAGCAGGAGCCCCCCGGGGAGGACUCGCCGGCGCCCAAGAGGAUGAAGCUGGAUUCCCGCGGCGGCGGCGGCGGCGGCGGCCCGGGGGGUGGUGCGGCGGCGGCGGCAGCCGCGCUCCUGGGGCCGGACCCGGCCGCCGCGGCCGCACUGCUAAGACCCGACGCCGCCUUGCUCAGCUCGCUGGUGGCGUUCGGCGGAGGCGGGGGCGCGCCCUUCGCGCAGCCGGCGGCUGCUGCAGCCCCCUUCUGCCUGCCCUUCUACUUCCUCUCGCCUUCCGCGGCCGCCGCCUACGUGCAGCCCUUCCUGGACAAGAGCGGCCUGGAGAAGUACCUGUACCCGGCGGCGGCCGCCGCCCCGUUCCCACUGCUAUACCCCGGAAUCCCCGCCCCGGCCGCCGCCGCCGCAGCUGCAGCCGCCGCAGCCGCCGCAGCCGCCUUCCCCUGCCUGUCCUCAGUGUUGUCGCCCCCUCCGGAAAAGGCGGCCGCCGCCGCCGCCGCGACCCUCCUGCCGCACGAAGUGGCGUCCCCCGGAGCGCUGCACCCCCCGCAUCCGCACGGCCGCACCCACCUGCCCUUCGUCGGCCCCCGUGAGCCCGGGAACCCAGAGAGCUCCGCUCAGGAAGAUCACUCGCAGCCAGGAAAGGAAAGCCCCUGAUUCCUCGCGCCCCUUUCUUAGAAAGGACCAGAGUUCACGCGGAAUAAUAAUAUUAAUAAGUUAAACCACCCUUAACGUUUUUAAGGGAGGAAGUGUAAUAGAUGCACGACAGGCUUUUUUUUUUUUAAGAAAACAACAACACAGGUGUUUUGUGUACAGUUGGAGUUCCUGUUUUGCUCAUCCCUCACCAGCCCACCGCCCUCCAUACACAUCCCUUUCUUCCCCCGCCAGCUGUAAAAGAACCUCUGUGAUACUGAUUCUUUUUUCUUUGAAGAACUCUCCAGAAUAAGUUUUGCCUUCUUUUAGGCCACGCUCCAUUGUCUUUUAAAAUAUAAAACCUAAUUCUCGAGGAAGUGAGAAGGGUCUGCUCUACGAGUGAGCUCACUGAACCAGGGUAGGGGAAGGUGGCCGAGGAGGUGAUAUGCAACCGCAGGAAGCUGUUCUCUGCCUAGGUCUCAAAACUGUCCUGCUCGCUUGAGGAGGCUUUCCACAAACAGAAGGAGGACCUUUUAGAAUUCAGUUUACUCUUCAGUAUUUUAUAAUGUUCAGCUUUUUAAAAGGCUAUAUUUUUCAAAGAGGAAGGGGUGAGCAUGCAGUCGCUCACGUUGCAACCAAUUCUGAAGUGGUUUGAAUGGUAUCCCUUAGUAACUUGCACUUGUUUAAAGAGACGUGGAGUUGGGCCACAGUCAGAACGAAGUCAGGGAAGGAGAUGGAUGAGGAAGGCCAGUCAUUCUCAGUACAUUUGCUAGCACUUUAUUGAGAAAUUGACCAUGAAUCAACUCAUCUUAACUUCAUAUAUGUAUGUAUAUACACAUACAUAUAUAUAUAUAUAUAUAUACUGAGUGCAUCUGUUCUCACCCUGUCAUUACUUAAUCCAUCAUGUUCCUAGGUUUGUAUAAUCUUGCUGUUAAAAAACAAAAAGAAUGUGCACUGAACUUAAAAAGCAAAAAUAAGUCCAAACUGAUUUAUCCUAUAUUCUGUUUCAUCACAAAAGUGGAGGAAAGCAUUAAACUGGUCAGUUUUGAUUGGAAAUGCUGUAAAGAUGUGGAAUGAAGCCCUGUGAGGCCUUCCUAUCUCCAAGUCUAUGUAUUUUCUGGAGACCAAACCAGAUACCAGAUAAUCACAAAGAAAGCUUUUUUAAUAAGGCUUAAACCAAGACCUUGUCUAGAUAUUUUUAGUUUGUUGCCAAGGUAGCACUGUGAGAAAUCUCACUUGAAUGUUAUGUAAGGGGUGAGACACAACAGUCUGACUAUGAGUGAAAAAAAUAUCUGGGUCUUUUAGUCAGUUUGGUGCAUUUGCUGCUGCUGUUGCUACUGUUUGCCUCAAACGCUGUGUUUAAACAACGUUAUACUCUUAGCCUACAAGGUGGCUCUUAUGUACAUAGUUGUUAAUACAUCCAAUUAAUGAUGUCUGACAUGCUAUUUUUGUAGGGAGAAAAUAUGUGCUAAUGAUAUUUUCAGUUAAAAUAUCUUUUGGGGAGGAUUUGCUGAAAAGUUGCACUUUUGUUACAAUGCUUAUGCUUGGUACAAGCUUAUGCUGUCUUAAAUUAUUAAAAAAAUAAAUAAAUACUGUCUGCAAGAAACCAGCUGGUUUAGAAAAGUUUAGUAUGUAAAGAUAAACUAGAAAUUAUCUUUAUAUUCUAGUAUUUUCAGCACUCCAUAAAUUCUAUUACCUAAAAUAAAUAUUGCAACGCUAUUUUGUGAUUUUAAAAUUCUUACUAAGGAAUAAAAACUUUAAUACACGUAUGCUAUGAGAUUGUCUAAUAAUUAAAAAGACAUAAUUACGCUUGAUUAAGUUUUAAGACAUCUAUGAAUAUAGGGAUGAAAGUCAUUUAGAUUCUCAGAUACACAACUUUAUUAAAUGUCAUGAUCUUAAUAUCACACAUUUCCAGUCUCUUGCAAGCCUCUAGCUCUUGGCUGUGUCUUCCUGCUUGUCCCCAAUGUGUCUACAUGAAAAGUGCAAAAGAAAAAUCUAGCAGUCACUUGCCUGGUUUGUUUAUGUCAGACCCAAUUUGCUAAUGUUUUCGUGAUUGAUGAAUUUUUCACUUUUCAUCUUUGGCACCAGAUAGUCUUUGUUGUAUGGUCUGGUGUUUCCCUUUCACUAGGCUCCCUAUAAAUACACUACCCCUUAAGGGUGAUUAAUUUCUCAGUAUAUUUUAGCUCCUUAACCUUUAUAAAAUAAUUAUCUUGUGGGACUUUAUCAUGGAAUCCAAAGAACAGAAAAAAUCAUUUCUGGACUUUUCUCAGGUCUAUAAUCAUAGUUGGGAUUUGAUAACAAUUGUGUGAAAGAUUGCCAAUGUUUAGUUUCAAUUCUAUUCUUCACAAACUCCUUGAUUUUGAAAGGCGUUGUAUUAAUAGUCAGAAUUUAUGAGAUGUAGAAAAAGUGCUCCCUCUGCUGACUUGACUGCAACCAAACUGCAAGUCAUAGAAAGUGGAGCCUGAAGGAACCUCAGAGAUCAGCUGUCCAGCCCCCCUGCAUUUUAUAAUAUGAAGGAAAUGAAGCCCAGAGAUAAUCAAAUAUCUUUGCAAAGUCACAGAGCUACCUGGAGCCAGCACUAGAGGCCAGAUCUUUGGUAUACCCCAGUCAGUGAACUAGUUUCCACUGCAGCAUCUUGAACUAAAUAAACCGAAUUUGAUUGGGCAACAUUCAUGAAAUGUCAUGGAACAAAGGAAAUACAAAUUAACAUUAGAAAACCAUGUAGGAUUUUUGAGCAUUGUAAUUUACUGAACUUUGGAAAAACAUUCUGUUUAAACCAGAAUAAUGGAAAAAAUAGCGUUUUUAAUAUUUUGAACUACGUGUUAAUGUCAUAUUGUAAUAAUAUUAGUUUCAUAACCAAAAAAAGAUUUAAAGUAAGUCAAAGGGUAGUAAAAUAUUUUCACAUUUUUAUAAUUUUGGUGUAAUAAAAAAACUUAGGGUUGGACCAGAUUUUUUAUGUUAUAUAGUUCAAAAUAUCUCUAAACUAGCAUGGUAAUAAGAUAAAUUCAAUGAGGCUAGAAUUGCAAAAUAAUAUUGUCUAUAUUGCAUCCUGAAAAAUGUUAUUUUGGUCAUUGUUUUAUUUUAAUGAACAAAAAGACUGGAGUCAUUUUAAUUCACUAAUGAGGAUUCUUUGCCUGCAGCGGCGAAGCUUUAGCCUAAAUCCUUGGUAGUAUACAUGAUUUUUCAAUAUGUGACAAAUACAAAUCUUGAGUCAAUAAUGUUUUUAUACACAUAGUAUUGUGCUAAUUAAUUUUAUAUACAUCUAACACUUAGCAAAGUUUAAUUGAACUGAUAGUCUCCCCCACCCAAGGGCUAAGCACAUUUUAAAGGCACUAGAAACUAUAUUUUAAUAGCUGUUUAAAAUAUGACUGGAGUUUUAGUUCCUAUCAGUGUGAAAACUAUUUUUCAUCUAGUUCUCUGUUACUGGCUAUGAAGGCCAUAAUUUUUGUAAUUGUCCAUUACCUGAGAUUUGUUGAAAAGUAUGUCAAAGGAGCCUCAGGCUGUUCCUGUCUAUGUCACAGGGCAAUUCUGAACCUCUCCUUGGGAGGUGAUGACCAACAGAGAGUUGGAAGACAAGGCUGGGCCACCAAAGGCCUUUUACUGCAGACAAAAGUGAAUAGAGCCUUCAGGACUGAAGCCCAUUAUAAUGCCAAAAGCUGGCUGUACUAUUGCGAUAACAGUGUUUUACUUCAGAGAGCUAUCUGAUGUUUUUCAUUAAACAAAAAUUCUUCAUCUA